CCACCUUUUUCCAUGUCCUCUUCCGAAGGCGACGUCGGUGCAAGUGCCAAGAUCGCGCUACCUCCCGAGCUCCAACGUUACAUCCUAGAGCUUGUUGCCUUGGGCUCCCCUGUGCACGCGCGUGGUCUCUUGUGUGUUGCUUGGCGGGUGAAGGAAUGGGUGGAGCCACUGCUCUACCGGACGCUCGUCGUCGGAUGCCGCCGCGGCCCGGAUCUCCCGCCUUGCGAUUUCGCCACGCUUGCGGCCUUCUCAAACGCCCGGCGAGGCGCGGUUCGUAACCUCCUGAUGUUUGAGAGUCUCGCAAAACUUCCUGCGUCAGAACUCGCAGAUCUCCUCGAGAGUCUCCCCGGGAUCGAAGACCUUUACAUGGCCGACAACGAAUUCGACCGCAAGUGGUCACCGGCCCACCCUAAUCCUGGCACACUGCGGGCUUUCAAUAAUCUAUCACUUCGGCGCCUGCAUUGCCUUCUCGGCGCGACCUUCGAUCUCACAGACCCAACUCUCUUUACUCAACCUGCGUUUGCCAAACUCACGCAUCUGGAGGUGUUCGACCGGCUGUUUUCGUGGGAGGACGACGAAGAUGUCGAUGCGGUCAUCGCCUGCUGGAGCCGGCUGGCGGAGCUCCCGGCUUUAACACACCUCUCCCUCGAAGCAAUCCCCAAGCCACCCUUUUGUGCGCAGAUCCUCCAGACGUUCCCCCACCUCAGGGUAUUCAUCGCCCAUGCGAAUAUGAGCGAGGUUCGCCGCUUUUUCAGACUCGCCGGCCCACACGCAGCCGUGGUGCGGCAAGACCCGCGCUUUAUCGUCCUGCAGAUCGCGCAUUGGCGCGCGGACUGGGAGAACGGCGUGCUGGGCGGGGAGGACUCGUGGGCGAAGGCCGAGCAGGCGGUGGCGGCAGGGUAUAUGGUGCCCGAGAACGAUCGACUGCUGCAGAGGAAGUUCGUCUUGGGGCACGUGGAUGCGCCGGACGAAGAUGAUGACUAG